AUGUUCAGGACUUUUUGGGAAAAUAGUUGCACGAAGCUCAGCAACGCUAGGCGUAUAAGCAUUCGCGGUUUCUCCACCGGGUUUCCAGCGGAGAACCGUUUCGUCAGCGACGAGAUCACGAUCUCUCAGAUCAUGGAAUUUUUGGAUUUUUACAUCGAAGAACCGAAGCUUUGCGACACUGAACAUACACAACGAGAAGACUUCGAGAAUUUUGAAGGUGGGAGGUUGCAAAAGGAGUUGUCGUACACCUCGGAAACACUGGGAGUAGCAGCCUCCUCGACGCAUCAGCUCGUGAUCCAAACUCCGAGGGAUCCCGGGGCAAAUAUUUUGCAUGCUGCUGCACUCAAGGAACAUUUGGCGAUCCUAAAGGCGGCCACGCAGGUCACCAUACACCUAUUCGACAUCACGUGGAAACUGAAAGACAUAUGUUACGCGCUCAACAUACCCAACUUCGACAUGCACUACAUCGACCAGAUCUUCGAUAGUAUUAUACCGUGCGCCAUCAUUACGCCGCUUGACUGUUUUUGGGAAGGCAGCAAGCUCUUAGGGCCAGGGUAUCCUGUGCACAUACCCGGCACGCAGACGCACAAGCCAGUCCAGUGGACGAAUCUCAAUCCGAUGUGGAUGCUGGACGAGAUGAAGAAACUGCAGUUCAUGUUUCCCUUCAAAACUCUGGAGGACUACAUGAAGAGGGCCGGGAUAACGAACGGCUACCAAAGCAAGCCCUGCCUCGACCCAACGGACCCUGAGUGUCCGAAAACCGCGCCCAACAAAAAAUCUCAGCAGGUACCGGACAUAGGAGCCGAAUUAACGGGUGGCUGUUACGGUUUCGCCGCGAAGUUUAUGCACUGGCCAGAGGAACUGCUCGUCGGCGGUGCUAAGCACAAUAAGACCGGUCACUUGACCCGUGCAGCUGCGCUCCAGACCGUCGUGCAGCUGAUGGGAGAACGAGAGCUUUACGAGUUCUUCCGCCACACCUACAAGGUACAUCAUAUCGACUGGUCCCCGGAGAAGGCGGCGCAAGUGCUUGAAACCUGGCAGCGUGCGUUCAGCAAUCAAGUGAAGUAUCUGGACGCGAAUGGCUCGACGCCGUACAAUUUGUAUGCGUUCAGCACGACCAUCAUGAACGACAUACUUGGAAAGUACAGCGAGGUGUCCGUUAUGAAAAUCGCCAUUGGCUGCGCACUGAUGACACUGUACGCAGGUACAGUCCUUUUUCGAUGGAAGGAUCCAGUGCGUUCUCAAGCUGGCGUGAGCAUAGCCGGUGUGGUGCUAAUCUGCGCGACUGUUGCGGCAGGUUUGGGAUUCUGCGCCCUCCUAGGGAUCCCGUUCAACGCAGCCACCACUCAGAUUGUCCCAUUCUUAACUCUGGGGCUCGGUGUUCACGAUAUGUUCCUGUUAACUCACACGUACGCCGAGCUCUCGGUGCACGACGUGCCCAGCGGAGAACAGACAGCGAUAGUUUUGAAAAGGACCGGCCUGUCUGUCCUCCUAACAGGAAUCAGCAACGUGUCAACGUUCUUCGCUGCAGCGAUAAUUCCAAUCCCCGCGCUCAGAGUGUUCUGCAUUCAAGCCGGUAUUUUGUUAAUAUUCAAUCUGGCCGCCAUGCUGCUCGUUUUCCCAGCUAUGGUCAGUCUGGACCUGAGGAGACGUCGUUCGGGUCGUUCGGACAUACUCUGUUGCUGCUUGCCGUCGAACGCCGGCAGAAAUAAGUACGCCAAUAGAGCGGGCAAUGGCACCGUGAAACAAACUGUUACGAGGGCGAUUCCACCAGAACGUCGUGAAACAUGCACGCAGAUCUUGACAUCGCAGAACGUACAGAAUGAGUCUUGGGUCGGAGGAAACAUCGAGGUGGACGCGGACAAACAGAGUAGCGAAGAAGACACUCUGACAGGAUGCAGCCAGGAUGAUUGCCUGAGUUUCUCCCUCACACAAUUUGCCGCGAGGCAUUACGCCCCAUUCGUCACCAAACCGGCGACCAAGGUCUUCAGCAUGAUAAUCUUAAUCGCGAUACUCGUUGGCAGUGUCUGGCAAGCUGUAAGGGUGAACGACGGUCUAGAACUGACCGAUUUGGUCCCACAAAAUUCCAACGAAUACUCAUUUUUAGCUGCCCAGGCGAAAUAUUUUGGAUUCUAUAACAUGUACGCCGUUACUCAGAGAGAGUUCGAGUAUCCUAAUAAUCAGAAAUUGCUGUACGAGUAUCACGAUGCCUUCAUGAGGAUAAAAAACGUAAUCAAGAACGACGACGGAGGACUGCCUGAGUUUUGGUUGAGUUUAUUCAGGGAUUGGCUGAAGGGACUGCAAAACGCGUUUGACAAGGAUUAUAGCAACGGAUGUAUCACGCAGGAAAGGUGGUAUAAGAAUGCCAGCGACGAGGCAAUUCUAGCCUAUAAAUUGUUGGUACAAACUGGCCACGUAGAUAAUCCUAUUGACAAGUCAUUGGUCACUCAAGUCAGGCUAGUCGACUCCGAAGGGAUCAUCAAUCCGAGAGCAUUUUACAAUUAUUUGAGCGCUUGGGUAUCCAACGACGUUCUGGCUUACAGUGCUUCUCAAGCGAAUUUAAGACCCGAACCAAAGCAAUGGAUUUAUACCAACGAUCACGAGCUGAAAAUUCCAAAAAGCAUGCCCCUGACGUACGCACAGAUGCCGUUUUAUCUGCAUAAACUUACCGAUACGCAAGAGAUCACGGAAUUAAUUGGCAACGUGAGGAAGUUGUGCAAGAGAUUCGAGGAACGAGGGCUGCCAAAUUUUCCUUCUGGUAUACCGUUCCUGUUUUGGGAACAGUACAUGGAUUUAAGAAAUUGUUUAGGCAUUUCCCUGUUAGUUGCUCUAGCAGCCAGCGUCGCUGUUGUUGGAAUAUUGUUGUUGAAUCCCUGGGCAGCUUUGUUAGUCGGUACCUCACUUGCUGCUGUGGUUCUACAGCUUUUCGGAAUUAUGGGCCUUUGGGACAUAAAACUGAGCGCCGUUCCUGCUGUUCUGUUGGUUGUCAGCGUUGGAAUUUCCGUGCACUUUACGGUGCAUAUUUGUCUGAGUUUUGUCACGACCAUUGGGAGCAGAGACCGAAGGAUUCGCUUAGCCCUGGAACAUAUGUAUGCGCCCGUAAUACACGGAGCAUCAACAACUCUAUUAACAGUCAUGAUGUUGGCCUUUUCCGAGUUCGAUUUCAUCGUCCGAUAUUUCUUCUUGGUGUUGUUGUGUCUUGUUGGGAUCGGUUUGGUGAAUGGGCUAUUCUUCUUCCCUAUUUUGCUGUCUUUGAUUGGACCAGCACCAGAAAUAAUACCCAAUGACCAUCCGGAUCGUAUUUCUACGCCAACACCACCUGCUUCGCCAAUCGUCAGAAGAUCAAAACCUCCUACACCACCCAGGAGAUCAUACAAGAUUGAUAACGCCAGGUUACAUGCGGAGCCUUCUUUAACAACGAUCACGGAAGAACCCAAUUCAUGGCACAGUACACAAGAAUCUUGCAUUAUUGUUCAACCAGAGUUGAAGGUUGAAACAACAUCAACUUGUGGCAAUCAGAACUGUAGCGGAUCAGAUACAAGUGGGUCUAGUCGAAUGUCACCAGUGGCAUCUGCAUCUCAUAUCACAACCAAGGUCACUGCAACGGCUAAUAUAAAGGUUGAAGUUCAUACACCAUUAACUAGUACAUUGGAUCGUAGCGAAAAAUGUAGACACGCGACUUCCAGUAGCCGAAGGAGCUCGCGCUGCAGUGCGAACAUUAACGCUGGGGAGUCUUCAGGUUCCGGUUCUGAACCGGAUUCAGACUCUAACCCAAAUAAACACUAAUAAUAAGUACCGGGAAGACCGGCAGCUACUGCUCAAAUACCAUGCGAAGCGGGAACAUACAGAAGGCUGACUAGGAUAGAUUUAUCGUUUCUUUUCUUCUAUCUUUUUUUUUAGUAAAACGUAUAGCGAUGUGCGGGUACUCGAAGAUUAAAUAACAUUUAAUCGACUUUAUUCGAGAUAAGUUCGAGUAAAGUUUUUACACGUGUCUCAGCUCUCUUGAUAUUUUGUAAAUUAAAUAUACAUGAAAGAAUCUUAUUCACUGCCCUUAUUUUAUAUAAAAUAUUGUGGACAAAUUUCGAACAACGCGGGAAAGCCAAUGAUUAGAGUCAGGUACUCACACAUCGUUCAUAAUGCAAUGUGUUUGUCUUCUUUGAAUUAACCUUUUGACUGCGGAGCGGUCAAAAACAAAAUACCCUUAAACGUCUGUAGGCGCUAUUCGCAGUUAAAGGGUUAAAGAACAAAAGUAUUAUGACUCAGAAAUAUUUAAUCAAUACGCGCAGUGAUACAUUGUAUAUAAAUGUUCUCUAAGAUGCAUGUUUCUAUCAUACGUUCAAUGUAGACCAGACGUACGAGUGAAAUAUUCGUAAUUCACUUUCAGCACAUUGAACGUGUGAUAAAUUAUUGGGAUGUAUAAACCGAUAAUUUUUAACGAAUCAAUUUAGGAGCAUGUCAAAGAAAAUGCUUUACUACGCUCUGUGGUAUACGACAGUUUCCAUGAAACUAUAAGGAUAUUGUUUUUACGAGUUAGAGAAAAUUUCAGCGCCUAUUCUAUAAUUGUUAAUAACACGAAGAUUAAAGGAAAUGAAAAUGUUUCAGCUAUCUAUAAAAUUUGUGCCUACUUUUUAUAAAAUCCGUUAUACGAAACAAACAUAUUAUAUAGUAACAUAUUUUUGGAAAUGUUUAUUCAUCAGAAAUAUAUAUAUAUAUUUAUAUAUAUAUCGAGAUGUUUUCCUUUUUAGGAGAUAAAUAGUAUUAUGCGUAUAAUAUGUAGUUUGAAAUUUUCACAGACAAUAAUACACGACUCAUAUUUCUUUUUUUUUUUUUUUGAAAUUGAUAAAGCAUGUUUAUUAAAUCAUUUAUUGUACCCUUUUGGGUAUAUAGGUGACCGAAGGUUUGCAGAUUACGUUUACGUAAUACUGUUUAGGAAUAACUUCUAAUUUAGAAGUAAUUACGACUAUGUAGAUCUAUUGCGACAUUUCUUGCAACGACUACAAUGUGGUGCCCUGGAAAAGAUAAUAAAAUUUCUAAUAACUAUUUAUUUUAUAUGGUAACAGUUAUAGUGCAGUGUGUAUAUGACUUGAAGCGAUAUUAAAUUUAAAAUCUAUUUAUUAUUUAUUUUUACGUUCUUACUUUGAUAUCACAACUAUUUAAACCGAUUCGUUUUGUACAAUGCCUAUUUCUUAUGAUAAUUUGUAAAAAUAUUUCAUUAUUUAUGUGUCGCUCUAUAUAUUUUUAUAUAAAAUCGUUACUUAAUUUAAUAAAAUAAGUCAAUCUAUUCGAUUCGUACCUCUAAUGUAAAAAGGUGUAAUAUAUUAUUCCACAGCUAAUAUCUAUGUUUAUGUUUUUGUUAGGUCUGAUACAGAAUUAUGUACAAUAACAGAAGUAUUUUUAUGUGAAGUCAAUCUUGUAAGCGUACAGAAUGCAGACGAGAUAUUUAAUGAAGAAAGAUGGUUUAUUAUAGAUACAGAAUCUUUAUUGCGUGAAAAAGCAUAUUCAUAUGAAAAAGAAUAGUCAAUGUACCUCCAUUGUGUGCCUUAAAUUCUAUCACAAAUUCCUAAUCAAAUAUAAUUAUGUUAAAAACUUUUCAUCUUACAUUUUAAAAUGUAACAUCAAUAGUCUUCUCGAUCUUACAAUUCAAUUGGAGGUGCAACAAUAAACUUACUAUUACUUUUAAUAUUAUAGAAGCUAAUUAUUUUUAUAUACUGAAUAUAGA